AUGUCGCUGGCUGGCCAAGAGCUGACGAUACCUGCGUGUCUAGAGCGUGUGCGUGCGCUCAGAGCCAGUGAGACCGGCCGAUGCUCGCCUGGGCAUGUCCAGCGUAACUGCCCAGAGUUCAAGAAGAAGCAGAAGCCCCGUUUCAGUGGACCAGUAGUGUGCCACUUUUGUGAUCAGCCUGGUCAUGCAAAGCCAGCGUGCCCUGAGAGAAGGAAGUGGCGAGAAGCCAAGGCAGCAGAACGUGUGGCGGCUGCUGGUACGUCGCAUAGUAGCAGUGACAAGUGCCUGUGUGCGGUGUCCACUGAAGCUGCCCCCUUGCCGAGGAUCUAUGUGGACGUGGAGUCGGCCAAGCCGGAUGACUGGUGCCGUGGAGAGGCCAUGCUGGACACCGGGUCGGCUCGCACGCUAGUGUCGUCUGGCUUUAUACGUGCGGCUAAGAUGUGCAGCCAAGUGUCGGCGGUAAAGCAGGAGAAGCUCCUCGCCCUGGAUGGCGAAGCCCUGCUGAUUUCGGGAUCAAUUUCAUUAACGAUUCGUCGCCUGGAUGGACCCGUAAAUUUGCCGCCUACCCGUGUUGUUGCGUUUGUAGUUCCUGAGCUGUCGGUUAUAAAUGCUGACCUGUUGCUGGGAUCUGACCUUGUCCGUGCCAUCGGUGGCGUCAGGUUGCAGUACUCUGAGUCAGGUGAUCUGCGGUCCGUGUUGUUUGGUUCGUCAACCGCCAGUGACCCUGAGCCUGUGUCGUCUGUCGUUAGUGAUGCUCUGCAGUCGCCGGAUCAGCACCCGUCUCGGCAUAUAAAGUGGCUAGCAGCUGAGCAGUGUUGGCAGGCAGCAUGGAGGUGGAAGGACGACAAGCCACCUACCGGACGCAUCGGCAGCGGCAUUGGGGAGUACCCCCGGAAACUUAGCGAUGAUCAGGAGAAGCUGUUCCAGCAUGAAGUGGACUCCUGGAUCGGUAACGGAUGGCUCAUCGAGCAUGAUGAAGAGGUACACGGAGCUCCUGCUGCCAUUCUGCCAUGGCUUGCGGUCAGCCAGGAGCACAAGCCUACUACACCUGUUAGGCCUUGCCUCGACUACCGUGCGCUGAACCGUGCCCUCGUGUCUCAGCCCGGUAUGGAUGCCUCUGUGUGUGGCGAGAAGUUGCGUGAGUGGCGUACGCACUAUGCCAAUGAGUAUGGGAUGUUGGAUAUUCGAAAGGCCUAUCUGCAAGUCCGUAUGUCACCUGAGUUGCUACGGUAUCAGUGCGUGAAAUGGAGGGGAAAGCUGUACGUGAUGACCCGCAUGGCUUUCGGGUUAAGCGUUGCACCGAAGUUCAUGGACGUGAUAGUCAAGUGGUGCACACGAGAUCAUGAUGGUGUUGACAAUUACGUUGACGAUCUGUACGUCCCGAAACCGCAGACAAAGGCUGUUGCGGAUACCCUCGAGCGCUAUGGCCUGCGCACGAAGCCAGCUGAGCCCGCCAAUUCCGCCCGAGUACUUGGACUUCAGCUGUUUACGGGCCAAGAUGGUCAAACCCGUUGGAAGCGUCGAGACGGAGUGAGUCUCGAGUGUGGCAAGCUGACCAAGCGUGGUGUAUUCUCGUGGUGCGGCCGACUGGUAUCGCACUAUCCCGUGUGCUCGUGGCUACGACCUGCCUGCAGCUUUCUGAAGCGCCUAGCAUGUCGUGACGGUGGUGGUUGGGAUGAUAACGUCCCCAAUGAUGUGGUAACCUGUUGUGCCGAACUAGCAAGUCGCGUCCAAGAUGAGGAUCCGGCCACAGGCGUGUGGAAUGCGUCAGUGAACGAGCAGCAGCUCACCGUGUGGUGCGAUGCGUCUGAUGUCGCAUAUGGCAUUGUUGCCGAAGUUGGUGGUGAAGUCAUGGAGGACAAGUCUUGGCUUCGCGAUGCCGACGAGAAGAAACAUAUCAACAUUGCAGAAUUGGAAGCAGUGAUCCGUGGGUUGUCGACGGCAGUCGAAUGGAAUGCCAGCAACAUCCGUCUUGUCACUGAUUCCAAGACCGUGUACGGCUGGGUGAAGUCGUGCCUGAACAAUGAGCGGCGUGUCAAGGUGUCCGGUCUGAGCGAAGUGUUGGCUCGCCGACGACUAAACAUCAUCGACGACAUUGUCGCGACCGCGAAGCUGUCCGUCACCAUUGAGUGGGUACCGUCCCAGCAGAACAAGGCUGACAAGCUGACGCGUGUCCCAGAUUUGUUCAUCCGCUGCUGGAAGAAAUCAGCCAAGCCAGAUGUAGUUGCUGCCGUCUCUGCACCCCCGAAGAUUGUGAGUGCUAUUGUGUUGCAGGACAUUCUUGAUGCGCAGAAGUCUGAUCCUGUUGUUGUUAGUGUGAUUGAGUCUGUGCGUCAUGGUCGUGAGAUUUCCGACCCGGUAUUUAAGAAAUUGAAGUCUCAGUUGUCUGUAUCUGAUGAUGGUUACUUGUAUCGUAGUGUGAAGGUACCGCCGAAUGAUGUGCGUGUUGUACCAGUUGUGUCUCAGUCAUUGCAGCAGCGAGUGGUGUGUCGUGCCCAUGCUUGGGUCGAGGUUGUCCCAUUGGUUCGCCAUGAUGGUCCGUCUCUAGCAGCUGCGUUUGUGGAUGUAUGUUCCCGCUGGGGUGCCCCAGCAGUUGUACGUUGUGACAAUGGAACAGAAUUUGUCAAUCAGGUAGUUACGUCUUUGUAUGAUGCAUUUGGUGUAGAGGUGCGACAUGGCGCAGUGCGUCAUCUGCAAAGUCAAGGUGGUGUAGAGCGUUUUAACCGGACUUUGCUGACUUUAAUUCGCAAGAUUGUGCACGAAUCAGACGAUUGGGUGUCUGCUUUGAAUGUAUCAUUGUACUAUUAUCGUAUUCGUCCCCACUCUGCGCUCGGUGUUUCCCCAAGUGAAGCUAUGUGUGGCUGGGUCCCUCAUGGCUUGAUUGUGGACGAUGAGCGUUGUGACAUGUCCCCCAGUGCAUGGGUUGAUAGCUUGUGUAGUAAAGCGGCUGUUGUGCGAGACUACGUGGAAAGUGAGUUGUCCUCUGCUGAUUUUGUUCAGCCUGUUGGGUGUGUGAACCCCUACAGUGUUGGUUCCACGGUGAUGUUGCGGCAGGGAGAUCGCCGCCAGAAGCGAACAGCGCCGUACGAGUCCGGAUGGACAGUUGAUAGUGUUGUUUCUCCAUCAACUGUUGUAAUUGUUCGAGACACUAAUGGUCGACAUUGGGUGAAGACUGUCAAUAUUGAUCUAAUUAAGCCGUCAAGUGUGAGUGUGCCUGAGUAUGAUGAUGCAUGUGCUUCAAGUACUAGUGAUUCUGAUUCUGAUGUGCCAGCCCAACCACUUCAAGUUGGUGGUCAUCGUCUUCGCAACCGUGCUGGUCUCGUUCCUCCUAUUCGUUACCGUAGUUAA